CAAGUUGCAAGCAGCAUCGAAACGAUGUCCGAGUAUUGGAGCGACGACGAUGACUGUGUGUCUUGGCGAAGCCUGUGUUUGUCCGAGUACAGACCAAGGGAGUAUGCAGAUGACAUGGAAUCGGUGAUUAGCCUGCAGGACCUGGCUUCAGAUGCACAUAGCCCCCACAAUCCAAUGCCUGCGACCAACCACCUCGACCUCACAUCCGAUACGAACUCGACUAGGGAGGCUUCUUACCUUCCAGUGGAGUUAGAGUUGCAGUCAUCGUCGUCGUGGGUCUUUCCGGUAACCCUUCCCCCACAGCGCCGAGCCGUGCCCGAACCACUCACCUCUAUGCCAACAACGACAUCUUCGCCGCCACCGCACCCGACCAUCCGAGCUGUUUUGCGAGUUCCCAUGGACUCCGUGAUGACCCCGCAGCACGCCGUGUUACAUCGUCAGCCCCUCUCAACGUUUCCACCGGAUGCCCAUCGUAUUCCUUCGAUAUCGUUGCUGGAUAUGUUCAAGGAAGACAUACCUCCAGCCAAAGCCGUCGACCCUAUUGGGCCAGUUGAGACUGUCAGAACUGUCACAACUGCACCCAAUGACACCCCUGCCAUGUUCCUUGCAUUGCAGUCGAAGAUCCAGGAGCUAGAAAGUCGUGAGAUGGAGCAUCAGUCCAAGUGCUCAACGCUGGAGAUGAAACUCAAGGCAAUGACUGUUCGGCUGCAUGACAUGUCCAGUAACCACGCGGUGGAGCUUCGGUCAGUGGAGGACGACCAGUCCAGACUCAAAGCCCAGCUUCACACGACACUCGCACAGGUGGCCACGCUGGAGCAAACUCAAUAUACACUGCGCAAUCAGGUGCAGGAAGCUCAGAAUGCACUCACAGAGCAACUCCAAGUAAAAGCAGCCCAGGUGCGAGCUCUACGCGAUGAAGACAUUGACCAGAAGAAGAUCAUUUCUAUCUUGGAGGCCAAAGUGGACAACUUGGUUGCAAAGUUGGCACAAAAAGAGCGAGCAAGUCAAGUUGACGGGGACGCCUUGACUGCCAAAUCCCACGAACUUCGGACUCUGCAUGAACAAUUCCACGAUCUUUCCGUCGCGCACGAUACUCUCAAGGACAAACUCAGGCAAAAUGCACUGGAAAUGGAACGGAUGCGCAAAGAUUACGCCAAAGUGCAAUUUGAACUCGGUCGUCGGAGCACCAACAGCAGCAGCAGCCCUCUGGAAGUGCGACCUCCAGUGCCUCCGUCACCCCCCCCUGCACUGCUGCCCACUGCGCUUUCCCCUGAAAAGACUUCAAGAAGUACCGGACUGCCAGUGGACAUGCAGCUUGCAGGAAAAGAACGACCCAAAUCGCUGGCAGAUUUGGGGUUUGGCCAGUUGACCAGUCGCAAGGCAGAUGAGCUGAACAGCUCUACGAACGUGCGCAACUUGCUCAGCUACGACCGGCCUUCCGUAACUAGUACCAGCGCCGACUUGUUUCCGAAUCGAGUCCAAUUCAACGCGCCAUUUGCUACGGAGAAGCAGUCGUUCCAGGACGACGUCGUGGCCAGACGGGAGCUGGAGGGGCAGCUGCUGCACUGGCAUAUCCAGAGGGAAACUCUGCACGCAGAGUACUCCAAGCUCGACCAAAUGGGUUUCCGAACCAUGCACUCAAGAAGGCGCAAGGCCGAGAUUGAGUCCAGUUUGCAUACCGUUGACAAGACCAUCAACCAACUCAAGCUUCGGCUGCGGUAGCUAGUAGAUGAAGUCACAACUAUUAAUAGCUACACUAACUCCACAACUACCAAGCUCAAAGAUCAAU